CGGAAGGAAGGUCUAGAAUUGUCUUAGUGUCACAGAAACAAAGCUGGCGAACUCUUCAAAACCAUCGUUGGCCUUCGUCAGUCCGUCACUUCGUUCCAAAUCUCGAAUCUUGUUCGUCAGAGACACCCGGGACUACGGCCAGCUUCCGUGAUUCUCCUUCACAUCACCGACAAUGUCUUUCGUUGCGAGUAGGGAACGACUAGAGUUCUUCCGAGAGCUAUCAAGAAACCCUUCGUACUCACAAGAAGGUAUCAGCGUGGAAUUCACCACCACGUUCGAAUUCAUCAAAAGUGUUGUCCCACCGACCUUUGAGACGGCCGACGAACCGACCGGUCUCAUAAGCAUAUCAACAUGGGAGAGCAAUGUAUGUGGAAGUUAUGAGCUCUCGUCUGUAUCCGUGCGCUGCAAGGUUGACGGCGAGACAGGGUACUACGUGCUCAAUUUGAUCGUGAGCGAGGAUGUCGCGAUAACCUGGGGCCGUGAGUCCUGGGGGGAAAUCAAGAAACAAGGGAAGCCAAGAUUGUUCCGUAGCGGGACUCGUCGUCGAGGAUACUGCGAGCGUCGUGGCGUCCGCUUGAUUGAGAUGGAAGCUGACUUCGACCGGGACCUUGCGUCGGAAACGAGUGAGUGGCUCAGCUUCGAGGUGAAGGCAUUCCCAGGUACUCUUGGGUCUCCGAGCCAGGGUCUGCACUGUGAUCCCAUAUUGAUCACGUUGCGGGUGGUUGAUCACAACGUCAAGCGUGCGACGGGCAAAGGAAGACUGGUGCUCAGAGGCACCAGGAGCGAUCCCUUGCAUACGAUUCCCGUCAAAUCUGUCGGAGAUUUUCAGUAUUCGAGCGGACCGUCAGAAUGGAGAUUGAAGAACGAGCGCUUCCUAUGUCCCGCCGAUGCAUAUUUACCGUACUUUGUUGGGCGCCAUUACGACGACGUGGCGGAUCCCAUGCUCGGACAAGCUUGUACUCUGGACAGAACCCAUCCUCAGCUUGCAUCUGACCCUGAGGUCUACAAAGUGCAGGAAUUGACUAGUACCUAGAUUUCUUGAAAGAC